AUGGUUGAUGCAUUCAAGCUCUUUCUAACAGAUGAAAUAUUAGAUAUAAUCGUAUUACAUGCAAAUAAUUAUGCACGGAAAUAUUACAAUCAACGAAGCCAAAGCCGACUAAAUAAAGGUGUUUAUAAACCGAAAUUUACUCACUGGAAAGAAAUCGAUCGUAUUGAAUUAGAAGCAUUCAUCGGUCCGCUUAUUCAAGCUAGUGCUGCCAAUAUGGGUCAUCGCUCCAUUGAUGAACUAUAG